AUGGGUCUUGACAUUCAUCCUUCUACUAUUGGGCACCUAAUAAAAAAUAAAGAUAAUGUUGGAGAUAAUUUAUCUGCAAAAAGACAAAAAAUAGUGCAAUAUCCAAACCUUAAAAAUAUAUUACUUGAGUGGGUUCUUCAAAAUCAAGACCAAAUCACCAUAAGUAAUACCAUUAUAAUCGAAAAAGCAAAAUCCUUUGCUCAAUUGUUAAACAUCCCUGAUG